AUGGAGGUCAAAUUAAUUGACUUCGGGUGCAGCGCGCUCAUGAAGAAUUCUGCCUUCAAAUCCUUUAGUGGCACAAGACCGUACUGUCCACCAGAGGUCAAAGCCAACGGCAGGUACCACGCAAAGCCGACGUUAGUGUGGACUCUUGGGAUUCUCCUGCUCGCAAUAGUGUGCGGCCAUUUUCCCACAGACCUCGAUCUGAACAUGAUCAGUGAGAACAACUGGAUCAGACCUGGCCUGUCACAAGAAUGCUGCCAAAUGAUUUGUGAUUGUCUGCAGCCUGAUCCACAACAAAGACUCAUUCUAGAGAAGAUGCGUCUCCACGACUGGUUUAUG